UCACAACCCAACACCCGGGGGAAAAGAAGUGGUAAGGUCAAAGCAGAAAAUAAUUUUAGGUCAUCUUGGGUAAGAGUCUCAAUUAUGGCUACGAAGCAGGUAGCAACCAAGGCUAGUGGUGUGCUUGCUGCUGCAGGAAAGCCCAAGAUUUUCACAGAUGUCAAAGGCAGACAGUUCAUGGUAUUGAAGAAAACAUUACAAACUCCUGACUAUUACCUUUGGAGACCUAAAGUGCUUACUGCAGUGAAAGGCACACCAACCCUUACCUCUAAGUUACGGAGAGCUCCUAUCAAGAACCUUCUCUUCGGUGUAAACAACACGUUCUUUCGGCGCUUUGCAGCUUAUUGGUGGGUUUGGAUUCUCCUCCUCUUCAGCUACCCACCACUUGUAUCACUGAGACAAAACAUGAAAGUAUCUGAAUUACCUGUCGGAGGUGCAGAGUGGCAUCACUCAUACAACUGGGAUAUGGUCAAAGACAAGGAAGAGGAACUCAAAAAACUACAGAAUGAUAGAUACCGUCUAUAAACUGUGAUUUCUUUUGCUAGAGAAACUUAUUAGUAAUGAAAAGAAAGUGACAUUAUCAUCAAGUAUUUCUUGUUUGGUUUGUGAUUCCAUACAAAAAAAUAAAUGAUAUCUUUGACAA